CCAUAGCACCGUUGCUCUCCCACAUCCCACACCAUAUACUUAACGCCUAUCACCUACAUCACACACCAUAAAUCCAACAAAUCCAACCUUGGCUCGUAAUCUCGCAACCAACGCCUCGGGACCACAAUUGUGUCCAUUAUCUCAUCCUUCCGCGAGCCGUGUAACAAUAUAUCCCGGGGAAAAAACUCCCCAGUUGCCUCUCAAGCUGAGAGUCCUGCAUGCCAAAUAUGCGCCACAGUCGCCGUUGGAACGAGGGAUAUUGUGCUCGUGCAAUUUCCCACACUUAGGUCAUUCAUUAUCUCGCACUUCGUAGAGUCGCCGGCGUAUAAUGCCACGUCCGAAAAGACCCGGCGCACCAGAACCGAAACGGCGAAGUCGAAAUGGAUGCUGGCCGUGUAAAAACCGCAAGAUCAAGUGCGGCGAGGAACAUCCUCAUUGCGUAAACUGUCAGAGAACAGGUGAAGCAUGUGACUAUAGCAUCCGUUUGAACUGGGAGGGUCGAAGAGGGAAACGACCAGAGCCCGGCCUAAUUGACUUUGGCCAAGAAGUUAUAUCACCGCCCUUGCCCGCUAGAGGGUUUAAGCUGGUUCAUCAGUAUCCUUCCUCUGACGCUCCAGGAACACGGAGGCUUGAACCUCUGACCAAGCCAGCAAGCCAGCCAAGGGCUGAACACAACACAACACUUCCUCCACUUUCUCAGGCAGCAAACCCCUUAGAAAAUUCAUCUUCUACGAGUAUCAACGAGACGGAUACCUCCUUGCCCGCCAAUAAACGUGCAAAACUAACGUCAGAUCUCCAGUCGUUUGACUUUCAAUCAGCACGUCCGAACGAGCGGAGGCAUGAUUCCGCUGCCAGCUCGACUCUAGAUUCAAGCGUAGCAUCAUUCAGAUUCACCUUUGGCUCUGGGCUGUCGGCUGGCUCUCCGCUGACCCCUGCUACAUCGUCUACAUACAGCGAUGACGAUCAGCGUCACGCGAGCCGUAGGCUCUCUGUGAAUUCUCUUUUAUCAGCUCCCCUGGGCCCGCAAGUUUUCAAAGACGAGAGCAAUAGCUGUGGAAGGACUGGCCUGCCGCCGAUAGAUACUCAGCUGCGCAUGUCAACAGAGGCAACCUACUAUGGCAUUGAUCGAGGGUUUCCGGAUCGUGACAUGGGGAGAAACGAUGACAUGAUAGCCAUCAAUGGUUCAUCGCCGCUCUUACAGCGCGAAUUUAUAGACACCCCAUUUGGAGAACCGAGCGAAGAGUUUGCCUGGAACGAAUUUGGAUUUGGAGUUGAAACUAAUGAGUUCGAUGAUGAAGAAGGCGGGUACUAUUCGAACCCCGUGUCAAUAUACAUCCCUCGCAACCUCGAGCCCCUCCCGUCAAAACUCACAGACAACCCUAUGAAUAUACUUUAUUUUCAUCACUUCCUAAACCACACUGCUCGAGUUCUCGUUCCUUAUGACGACCCCCAUGCCAAUCCCUUUAGAACAAUUCUUCCGCAAAUGGCUGUCAAGAACGACAAUCUUUUGGCGCUUCUGCUCGCAUAUUCAGCUUCGCAUAGGGCACGAGUCUUGAAUCAUCCGGAGCCAAUGUUCAGGAUUGCUUUUUGGGUGGACGAUGUAUUCCCUACCCUUCGGCAGGCACUAAGCGACCCUGACAAGAAUUUUUCCAAUGCGAACCUCGCGACGGCUAUCAUGUUAGCUUCGCUUGAGAUAAUAUCUCCGAAGGUCUUCGCGUAUGACAUACCAUGGCAGAAGCAUCUGAGCCUGGCUAGAGAGCUUAUCACUGCACGACCGGGUGGCCUCCGUGGACUACAAUCCAAUUUCCGUCAUGACCCAGUUUGCUCUUUCUUGUGGAGCUGGGCCGCAUAUCUCGAUGUGAUAGGGAGCCUAAGCGGAGGACCCAAAGGCUCAUCAUCAGCCUGGAUAUUUGAUUACGAAUUAGAUGAUAUUGUGGACGGAUAUGAUGAGAUAGAUUGCAUCAUGGGAUUCACCACGCGCUGCAUCUAUCUUCUAGCCAAGAUUGCUGACCUUGCUAGGAAAUGCGAUGUCGAGCGCAUCGGGGACGAUUUGAAUUUGCGACAGGAUUGGGAGCCGAGCGAGGAAGUCUUUGAGCAGGCCUCAAAAAUAGAAGCGGCAGUCACCGAGAGCAUGGUUCAAUCGCCUGUGCCAUGUAAGCACAUACAUAAGAAAGGAGAUGUCGCGAAAUGGGAUAGACGCGAGAUGGAAGCCACAAACGAAGCCUUCCACUGGGCUGGGCUUGUCCACCUCUAUCGCAGAAUCAUGGGAAAACCAUCUGAGGAUGGAAGCGUGCAAACGGCUGUACAAAAGAUGAUUGAAUGCUUUAGUCGUAUUCGAUCAGGGGGGACAGCGGAAUCAUGCCUGCUGUUUCCCAUGUUUACGGCGGGUUGCGAUGCUAGAGAUGAAGGGCAGAGGGCUCUUAUUCUCAAAAGAUUUAUGACAGCGGAGAACCACGGGAUGACCCAGGUUCACAAUGCACGCCGCCUGAUGCAAAAAGUCUGGGAAACACAAAAGCCUUGGGAGACAUUGGUAAGCACGGAAUUUAUUGGAUAAACGUUUUAUAGCAACUCAUUGCAAGUUGCUGUGGGAGUUAUGCCCCCUUAUACAUUAUAUAAGCUACCUUGGUAGAAUAUCCACCAAGGCCUUGGAUAUCAAAUACGUUAUAAGACAGACGAAUAGCGUGACGGGGUUUGAAGUUGUUAUCGCUUUUGUCAACGAUACGAUAUGAUAUGAAUGAAUAAUUUAGGUUAGUAGAUACCGAAUAUCAAAAUAUCAAAAUAUCAAAAUAGCAAAUGCUAUUGAUGCAUCAAUGACAAUAC